AUGAUACAGGCCCUGGCUGCUGGGAUGGCAGAUGAAGAAGAAGACCCCACCUUUGAGGAAGAAAAUGAAGAAAUUGGGGGAGGUGCAGAAGGUGGACAGGGUAAAAGAAAGAGACUUUUUUCUAAAGAAUUACAGUGUAUGAUGUAUGGGUUUGGGGAUGACCAGAAUCCUUAUACUGAGUCAGUAGAUAUUCUUGAAGACCUUGUCAUAGAGUUCAUCACCGAAAUGACUCACAAGGCAAUGUCAAUUGGAAGACAAGGUCGGGUACAAGUUGAAGAUAUCGUCUUCUUGAUUCGAAAGGACCCAAGAAAGUUUGCUAGGGUUAAAGACUUGCUUACUAUGAAUGAAGAAUUGAAACGAGCUAGAAAAGCAUUUGAUGAACUAUGGAUCUUGACAUUUUUUGUACUUUCUGAAGUUUCAUUAUUUUCUGGGGAAAUCAUAUUUAAUAACUAUAUUUUCCACAGUAAGGUUCUGAUAUCUAGCCAUGUGAAUGAAAAAUAG